GGGAGCGGCGGUGAAGCGCAGGUCCCGGAAUAAGAGAGAGCAGAGACACUAUUUCGUGUCUUAAAUCGGUGUUCUUGAUCCACGGCGACACUAUGAUGUCACGGUUGGUCGCGACGGAAAACAAGGUGUGCUCACACUUCACACACGAGUGCCCAAGUCCCCAGGGAGCAGAGCGUUACCUGUCCAGAUGGCCCAGAGGACCCAGGUAGCGGCGGAGAGGGGCAAGUGCCAGGGCCAGUACCGCGAGCUGUACUGCGAGACCCCGACUGUGAGCUCGAGCGCAGACGCUGACAGCAGCUCCGGUAAAAUCGCCUCAGCGAACGAGGCGGGCGAGUCGUUCCGCGCGCACGCGGCGGGACACUACCCGUCCCCAGCGCGCAGGCGCCACCGCACCACCUUUAGCCACGAGCAGCUGGAGCAGCUGGAGGGGGCCUUCGCGCAGAACCACUACCCGGACGUGUACUGCCGCGAGGAGCUGGCGCGAGCCACCAAGCUCAACGAGGCGCGCGUUCAGGUUUGGUUUCAGAAUCGUCGUGCCAAGAAGAGGAAGCAGGAGCGCGCCUCCCUGAAGGCUGUUUCCGUGGGGUUAUUUCCAGAGCACGGGGGUCUGGUGAGCGGGAGGUGUGCGCCGGCGAGCGGCACGGAGCGCCAGUACCAGUACCGUCCCUCCCUGGCCCACAUCCCUCGCUUUCCGCCCAUGCUGACCUCCAGCAGCUACAGCCACGGUGGCCCUGGUGCCCAGUUUCCCUGCCCCGCGGUCGGCCAGCCUCCGUCCUGCCCCCGUGAAGACUGGUACGGUCAGCUGCGCACCAUCAGCGCCCCUCCGGUCAGCCUCUCUGCCCCAAUGUUCUCCCUGGCUCCCGUGCCUGGGCUUGAACCCAACCCUCACUGGAACUAAGUGUCUCCGCAUCUGUCCUUUUCGCAGUUCACAGGAGGGGGUGGUGGUACUGGUACUGGCCCAGCUCUGACUAAGAUCAGUGAUCCGAACCACUGCUACGCUGUAGCUUCUGCACCUCUCUUCACGUUGUAGUGUCAGUGCUUCCGUAUAGCCCUGAAAUGAACUGCAGCCAAAGUCCUGUAUUCAAAUUUUUCUUCCUUCAUGUUUUCAUCUUGGACAUAAAAAUAUCUGCGGCAAUCAGAACCCGUUUGUUGUGGAGGGUUGUGUUUAUGCAAGAGAUCACAGGAAAACCCAAAGUCCAACAGAAUGAAAGACGCUGCCAGCUUACCAUGGUAUGAUUACAUCUGUGUUUCUCAGUGGACACAGUGACUUUGGCAAAGAGGCUACAGCUGUAGAGGAACAUGGUAACGUUCUAUGUUGUCUAUACAGGAUUUAAAGAUGUUUUUAAAAACUUGGUAUUUGAAUAAAUUAAGG